CUCCGGAACUGGAAGCUAGCUAGCUACUACGGAGUUCUAGCUUAGCUUUGUCCUGGUUUCUCACUCACGAUCCACACAAAAUCCCACGGAGAGGAGAUGCAGGGGGCGGCGGCCAACAAGCAGUCGCGCAAGGCCGAAGGCGGCGCGGCGAGGACGGAGGAGAGCAAGGACGACGGCGCCAAGGUUGCGGCGGCGGACAUGGUGAGGAGCGACGGCGGCGGCGACAGGGCCGGGGACACCAAGGGCGACGCGGCCGGCGGCGGGGCCGCGUUCCACGGCAUGUCGGCCACGGAGGCGAAGGACUCCCAGACCAUCGUGGCGCUGCAGUCGCCGGUGACCGUGAUGCGCCCCGUCCGCGGCGACCUGGAGGAGCACGUCCCCAAGCCAUAUCUGGCGCGAGCCCUGGCGGCGCCGGACAUCUACCACCCCGACGGCACGACGGACGGGCACGGGCACCACCACAUGAGCGUGCUGCAGCAGCACGUCGCCUUCUUCGACCGCAACGACGACGGCAUCAUCUACCCCUGGGAGACCUACCAGGGAUGCCGCGCGCUUGGCUUCAACUUCAUCAUGUCCCUCCUCAUCGCGCUCGUCGUGAACGGGGCCAUGAGCUACGCGACCCUGCCCGGCUGGCUGCCGUCUCCUCUGUUCCCGAUCUACGUCCACAACAUCCACAAGAGCAAGCACGGCAGCGACUCCGGGACCUACGACAACGAGGGCAGGUUCACGCCGGUGAACUUGGAGAACAUGUUCAGCAAGUACGCGCGCACGUCCCCGGACCGGCUCACCUACCGGGAGCUGUGGUCCAUGACCGAGGGCUUCAGGGAGGUGUUCGACUUGUUCGGCUGGUUCGCGGCGAAGCUGGAGUGGACGAUCCUGUACGUGCUGGCGCGGGACGAGGAGGGCUUCCUGGCGCGGGAGGCCAUGCGGCGCGUCUACGACGGCAGCCUCUUCGAGUUCGUGGAGAUGCAGCACGCCAAGAUGUCCUAGGCUCCUGCCGCCUCCCAGCUCGAGACGAUCUGAACCCGUGUAGUUGUAGCUAAAGCCAGGACCCGGAUCCACCCGUGGCCGGCGUUCUCCGAUCCGGUCCUCCGGAUGUGAAUAACCGUGUGGACGGCGUCGGAGCGUGUACUCGUCGUCGUUCGCCGGCCGUCUGCUGUGUGCUGGCGCUCGCGCGCGUGGGUUGCUGCGACGAACGUUUUUUCCUGUUGCUGUGCGCUGCUGUGAUGUCCUGUCGUCACGCCCGGCCUAUCGGUCCCUUCCGCGCCGAGGCUCCCAUGUCCAUGUGUGGGCGGGGCAGCCAGGCAGGGGCACGGUUCCUCCAGGCAUUGCUGGGGGCAGUGGCGGAUCCAGAAAGUUGGUGGAGCCUGGGCCGGUGUAGCAAGUCGCUCAAACAUAUCAACCACUAAUAUAAGAAAAGUUGAUGGUAUAAAUCAAAU